AUGCCAGAUGCGCCCUGCCCGGCGGAGGUGCAACCGCAGUGGGCGGACGCGCAACACGUGAGGGAAUUGUCUCAGUGCGAGGAGCGUCGCCUGUGUAUGCUGCUGCGAAAGCUGGCUGCCGCGGUCGCAGCGCGCCGUCUCAUACUCAGGCCCUACUUCUACGACUACGAGCUAGUGGCAAAGAAUUCUGGCACUGUCACACUCAAUCAUUUUUCGAGAGUACUUUCUUUUGUUGGACUGCGCAUUGCUUCAGAGGAGUUUCUUCUACUACUUAAGAAGUUCUUGAAAAGUGGGUAUACAGUGAAUUACAUUGCAUUUGUUAAUGCAAUUGAAAAUAUCAUCCUAGACCUUGAGAAACAUGGAGAGCUUGAAGCAUUAGGGAAAUCAGCCCAGUAUCCUGGACGCUAUCUGUCAGCUGAGAUGCCAAAAUUACCACGACCUGAGUUGGGAAAAGUUAGCUACCCUGCCCAAUGUGUUUCAGUGCACGAUGCGCCAGCCUCACGGCAGACGGCGGACGAAGGCUGGCUGGCGCGUUAUGCAGGUGGCACAGUUUUGCAUCGAGUGUCGGUAUGUGUGUAUGUGUGCAGCAGUCAUCAACAGCCAGAACACAGCAUUAGCAGAAUCAUGCAGGUGCGGGCCGCAUGUGGCAUGGUUGCGUUAGCCGCAACACACACUGCAUUGACAACCUACCCACCAGAUGAAAGUGCAGAUCAGCUAGUCAGACGGUUGCAGCAUCAUGUAUUGAGUGAAGGAAUUCGAACUCAUGAAGUUUUCACAGACAAGGAUCCUCAUAAAACUGGUCGUGUGACACGAGAACAAUUUCGAUGUGCUCUGGAUAUGCUGGGAGUUGCAGGAACACAACGGCUAUUUAUGUCUGAGACUGAGAUCCAUUCACUAGCUGAUGCUUAUAAAGAUCCAGAUAAUGAGUCAUACAUUUGCUGGGAUAGAUUUGUGAAUGAUAUUGAUAAAGUAUUUACAGUUCAUGGGCUCGAAAAAUUUCCCUGCUUGCGUGUGGAGGUGCCUCCAAAUGGCGUUCGUGAUGUUCCACGGAGGGGCGCUGUACAGCCUGGGACACCUCUUCCUAAACUUUGUCAGGAUGCACUGGAUAAUAUUAAAAUCCAACUCAAAGAACUCAGUUGUCAGCUCCGUCCUGGAUUCAGCAACUACGACAAACGCAGGUGUGGUCAUGUUAGUCCAGAACAAUUUCGACAAGCCUUGCAAGUGGCUGGACUGGAUGUUCCUGGAGAUCAGCAAACUUGCUUACUGCAGUACUUUAGUGAUGACAUGGGAUUCAAUUAUCAAUCCUUUCUUCAAGCUGUUGAACCUCUGGAUAAUCCACCAUUGUAUGAGAAAUAUUUGGAACAAGUGAAAAGAAUUAAUGCUCCGAGACCAGGAAGAAAACCUUCCUCUCAGGAGACAAACAUAGUUGAAAUAAUGGCAAAAAUGAAAUCAAAGGUUGUCAAAAAUCGGAUGAGAAUUAUAGAAUUUUUGAGGAACUUUGAUCGCCACAAUCAACAAUGUAUCUCAAAGGCAAACUUUGCUCGGGGUUUGGAUCCAUUAGGAUUGCAACUUACUCCAACAGAAGUUGAAACACUUGCUGAAGUAUUUGCAAGCCCUAAGCAACCAGGAUUUGUAGAGUAUCUUCGUCUGGUUGAAGCAGUUGAAGAAGCUGUUACACAGGCAGGACUUCAAAGAGCACCUACAAUUACUCCAAUACAGCAUCUGGCAAUUAAUGAUGGUGAUCACAAUUUCCUAAAUUUUGAGGAACGGCAGAUGGUUAUACGUGUUCUUGAGCGGCUGGCAAGGCAUAACGAAUACAACUUUAUUUCAGCUUUUAAGGACUGGGAUCCUACAAACAUUGGGACAAUAUCAAAAGAGCAGCUAUUCAAAGUUUUUUCAGUACUGGGAAUUGCUUCAUCAUUUUCUGGUCAAGAAAUUGACAUUCUAACCAAGUGUUUUGGUGUUGAACGUGGCCUCCGAUUAGAAGUUGACUACAGAGCACUGUGUCAUGUGCUUGACAUUUUACAUAAUACGAGCAGAGCACAUGCCGCCUAAGAACUCUAGAGAAGUUAGCAUUCAUUGAUUUAAGCUAUGAUCCAUCAUUUUCAGUGCUUAAUCUUCAGUGUAAAAUACAUG